UCUUCGCUCUUAAUUCUCUCAGAAACAGGCACGAUUUGCAGUGGAGACGCGGCGCACUCGAAACAAGAAACAAACUCUUGCAAUUGAAACCAUGUUUUUUGUUUUCACGUCGACGUGCAAAGUGCUCUGCUUCGCCAGCUACGUCGCCGCCAAUUUCCUUCCACUUUCCGCCGCCGCCGCCGCCCCCGACUCGUCGGCCGAGGACGAUUUUCAAAAGUUGCAGCGAAAUGAGAGCAGCAGUUUGCACGAAAGGGCCCGAAAGGUGCUGGAGCUGACCUGGCGCACGACGACGACGCGGCCAGGGUGGCGCCGCGAAAAAAGGUCCGACGACGGCGACGUCAUCGACUCGCGCCGCGGACCCUCGCGCAAGAUCUUCCGCCUCACGGGUCGCGUGGAACUUUCACCGCGGCGCCUUCUGGAGGAACUUUUCCACAAAAUCGAGCAAGUGCCCGCCUGGAAUCCGACCGUCGCCAAAUCACAAGUUCUCCAGAAAAUCGACGAGAACACGGACAUUACUUACCAAGUGACGGCGAAAAUCGCGGCCGGCAUCAUUUCGAGCCGAGACUUUGUCGUUUUGCGGCAGUGGGCAGAGAAGGAGGGACACUUCAUCGCCGCCGCCAGAUCCACCUCCAACAACUUCAAACCCGAGCAGGACGGAAUCAUCAGGGCGCACAGCGGCCCCGGUUGCUGGUUGAUCAGUCCGAUCGAGCACGAGCCGGACGCGUGCAAGGUGCAGUGGUUGAUGGACACGGACCUGAAGGGCUGGUUGCCGCGCGUGGCCGUCGACAGGGCCAUCCCUCGCGCCAUGGAGGACUUCAUGCGCCACCUCAGGUCGCACGUGCGCACCCUCAGGGGCCGUUGAUGAAUUGCAUUGCGAUCGUUUUUAACUUUGAGAUCUCAAAAUAUUUUAAAAAGCAGUGCUUUGAUUGUUGAAAGAAAGAAAGAAAGUUUAUUGCUUGUACAAAACUAACAAAUACAUAUAAAAAUAAUAUUUACAAGUGA